CGUCAUCUUGGGGGGUGGGUCCGCUCGGCGUCGCCUUUCCCUCACCGUUCGACCCCCUUCGGCUGAAUGAGAAGCGUUUGUAGGCCGGAGGCCCGCGGAUAGCCCCUCUCCGGACGUUUUGUUCGACUCACCCCCGCGUCAAGGAUAACAGUCGGCAACACGACGCGAUCCAAAAAAAAAGUUUCCCAAUAUUAAAGAGAAAAGUGGUUUACACUGUAUAUAUAUUGUAUAAAAAUUUUAUAUACAUAAUAAACUAGUGAGAAAAGUGAACUCUGAUAGACAUAAAAGAAGGAAAAAAAGAUGUCGGGAGAUCCAAAAUGGCAGAAGGACGCGGCGGACCAGAAUUUCGACUACAUGUUCAAGCUGCUCAUCAUCGGCAACUCGUCCGUCGGCAAGACCUCGUUCCUAUUCCGCUACGCCGACGACUCCUUCACGUCCGCAUUCGUUUCGACAGUCGGGAUCGACUUCAAAGUAAAGACCGUCUUCAGGAACGAUAAGCGGGUGAAACUUCAGAUCUGGGACACCGCCGGCCAGGAGAGGUACAGGACCAUAACAACGGCGUACUACCGCGGUGCCAUGGGCUUCAUACUCAUGUACGACAUCACGAACGAAGAAUCGUUCAACAGCGUCCAAGACUGGGUUACCCAAAUUAAGACUUACUCGUGGGACAACGCCCAGGUCAUCCUGGUAGGGAACAAAUGCGACAUGGAAGACGAGCGGGUAAUAUCCGUUGAACGCGGGAAACAGCUGGCACAGCAGCUGGGCAUCGAAUUCUUCGAGACGUCCGCCAAAGAAAACAUCUACGUUAAGGCCGUUUUUGAAAGGUUGGUCGACAUAAUAUGCGACAAAAUGUCGGAGAGCCUCGACUCUGACCCGAACCUCCUGACGGGUGCGAAGGGUACACGGCUAACUGAGCAGGGCCCCCAGGGUCAUACGAACCCGAACUGCAACUGCUAAAGAAGGUGGUGGUGGUUUGAGGCCGCCAUUGGGUCCGCCUCGCCUCGCCUCGCCUUGCUGCACAACGGUUUUUUCCCCCCUCCCACUUUACAAAAUUUGUCGCCGCAGCUGCCGCCGUUUUUUUUUAGUUUUUUUUUUUUAUUUUUGUUACAGGUACGGUGUUUGAAAAAACGGUUUAUCAUUUUAUUAAAGGCACAAAAAUUCAGAAAAAUAUCCCAUGGGGGAAGUCAUUUAUUUCCGCGUGAAUCGGACAUAUCAAUUUUUAUUUUUUUAUUUUUUUGGGUGGGGGGAGAUGUUUUUCUCUUUCUCUGUAAUUUUUUUUAUGUUGUUUUUGAAAGGUACUUUUCUCUGUGUCAACGAGAGACAAUAAACAGGCAGGUAAUUUGAUUAAAAAAAUAAAGAAUUUAAAGAAAAAAUAAUAAAAAUGACAGUGCCACCCGUUUUCCGGGACAAUAAAGACACACCUGAGAAAAAUAAUUAAUAUGAAACAUUUAUUUUAGUCGAAAAAAUGCCAUGCACCACCCUCCUUCAGCCGCCCACCAAUGUACAAGAGAUCAUGUUGAAACUUUUUUUUUUCUAACCCCCUCCAACCAAACGGCACGUACUUUUGAAGAGGAAUACUUGUGUAAAAAAUUCUUUCACGAGGAACCCAAAAAAUUAUACAUAUAAAAGAAAAAAAAUUAAAAAAGUUAUAUAUUGUGAAGUUGUGGAUAUAAUUGUAAUGUAUAUGUGUGUAAAUGUAGACUUUCAUAAAGGAGGGAAAAAAAUCUUGUUUGAUUGUCAUUUUUAGGGGAGGGGGGAUUACACGCGUAAACAAAGCUUUCGAAAUUUAUUUUUUCAAUUUGGAAUUAUUUUUUUCUCAGCUCCUGACAAUUUUCUAGACGGGGCCGGCUUUUCCGAAUCAAUCCACGAGGGGAACAAAUCGGGGGAUCAACUUUUACGAAUUCAAAGCGAAAACAAAAGAAUGUCCCAAAAAAACCGUAACUCGCCCAAACUACAAGCCGAAUAGGUAGAGGAUCUCUUCCCCCUCUCAACGGUUGCUACGUCAUAUCCGGAGGAGAGGGACAAGAUCUCUCCCACCACUACAAGUAGAUAUCGCGCAAUGGCUGGAGGAGAGGUGAGAUUCUCUUCCCCCACUCCAAGGAGAUGUUGCUCCUUAGGCGGAGGAGAGGGGGAGUAUCUCUCAACUAUCUCUUCCCCACUCCAAGUAGCCGCGCGGGAAUUGUUUUUUCUUUUUUUGAAUUUAUUAUUAACCCCCUGCCUUAUUAUCACGAGAUAACUCGUUUUAAACGCAAUUUUCAAUUAUUAUCCCGAGUUAAGUAGGGCUAAUUUUUUUUUCUCUUAACUCCAGAUUUUAUCUCUGCCAAUUACUCGUAGUUCUUUUGGGUACGUUUAUGUUGGAACGAUAAAUCAUAAGAGCAGCGCAAAAUCCAUUUCAAUGAUACGCAGUUUAUAGCGGGAGUUUCGACAACAGCAACGAACAUUUGGAACAUUUCAUAAUUUUUAUAAACAAUUAAGGCAACACCCUACAAAAUUUAUGGAAUAUAUGAGAAGACCUUUCAUUACAUACUUUCGCACAUAUCUGAUGGGAUUUUAUAUUCAUUUACUUAUAGAUUAUGUUAUAAAAUUUCAGAAAAAAAAAGUUUUUUAAGGCAAGGGGUUAAUUAACUACGUGUAUAUUGUAAAUAUGCAGGGGAGAAUUUAGUUUUUAAUUUUUUUUUAAAUUAUUAAACCAGCCUGCCUCUAUUUUCCCUCGCCAGCCCCCCCUCCAAAUGCCCUUUCACACCGCCCUUUCUCCCUUCUACCUCUGAAUGUAUAUUAAAGUGUAAAUUUUACCACCCCCUCCUCCAAAUUAAAAAAA